CGGGUUAGGUGGCCCAGGGCUACAUAUUUCUACGUAGUUUACAAUUUUGCUAGGUUUGUGAACUCAGCCCAUUGUUGUUGAGUUCACAGAAUCAUGGCUUGGCUUAGUCAAAUCAAAGAUGGCCCUGUUUGCUGUUGUAAAUGGAACCUAUAUGUCUAUAGCUAAGCAGAACAGCUCCAGUGUUUUCCACCGAAGUCUUUGGACAAAUCCUUUUACAGAAACCCAUCCUCGUCUUUUGCAGUUCCUCUGGAGUCCUGGCCAAGGGACUCUCUCUGCCUUGAAGGACCUCCGCACGUAAAACCGGCCUAAGGCAUAACCAAUCAGCACCAGGACCUCCGGGGGAGCCGCGCCCCAUCUUCUCCCGGGGUUCCCCGCCCCGCCCACAGCAGAGUGAAGCGCUCCCUUGAAGCGUGGCGUUGCGCUCGCCGCGCGGACUCUCGCUUUCGGCUGGACUUGGCUCUGGGCGUGGGAGCAGCGCGUGCUGGCUGGUCUCGCCUCGGCGUCUCGCGUGGGUCAAGUGCCGGAGAAAGCACGAUGCGACAGCCUGGACAGUCGGGGCGAUAGCAGCCAGGCGAAGUCGCUUGGAAACGGCUCCUGGCUCGACGACGUCUAAAUACUCUCUUUAUUUUAUUUGCCUGGAAAAAACGAGGGUCUAGUUUAGGGUCGGAUCGAAGGCUGCCGAGGAAGAGGGAAAGGAGCGAGAGAAGAACAGGCGAGCCAUGGAGCGAGAGGUGGCUUUGUCCUGUUUACGUCUUUGGGACUAGCUUACAAAAAAAAAAAAAAAAAAAAAAAAAAGGGGAGGGGGGGAGUGGAAGGAAGGCUCCCCUGGCGUUUCGACACUCCAGGCGCUGAGAAGACCUGGGCGCGCGCGCGCCAACGGCGAGUUAGCCAGGAGAAAUUUGACGCAUUGCAAAUAUUACCCGGAUUUGGAUUUAUUUUAUUUUAUCUUUGCCCGCGUUUUUCUUGCUGCCGGAAUUUGCUGCAAGUUGAGAAGCUUGCAAUCUGGAUUUCAUGGAGCGGGGAUUCCUGAUACUGGUUGGACUUACAUUUCUCUCGAGCGCAGGUUUCUUGCUAUCCACCGCUCAUCCCCUGUUGCUUCCCAGUGUGAGCAGGAGUAACAGCACAGGGCUGAGACUUCUGGGGCUCUCAGAAAAAAUCAGCAAAGAAACCAGCACAGAACCCAGAAGACCGAAUUCAGCUACCAGCUCCAAACCGGACAACGGGGCUGGCUUGAGGGAGGUCCACCACAGAGCCAAACGCUGUACUUGCUAUACCUACAAAGAUAAAGAGUGUGUUUACUACUGCCACCUGGACAUCAUCUGGAUCAACACCCCAGAGAAAAUUGUUCCAUAUGGGUUGGCUAAUUACAGGGGAAAUUUCCGGGUCAAAAGGUCCACAGAGCAGCUCCACAAGAGCUUGCAUUCAUCAGAAAGAUCUCCAUCACGCUGCUCUUGCACAGAUCGAGGUGACAAAUUGUGCAUGCAGUUUUGCACAUGGAAUGUCCAACGCAAUCAUCUGAAGCAAAUGAAUCACCCAGCAGGAACAGCUCUCCUUCAAGAAGAAAAGUGUGCUCUUACCCAGUAACUUGGAAGAAUUCCUCUGGUUUGAACUAGAGAAGUGAAACGUUGAGAACACUUCCUAAGAUAUGGAAGAAAAAAACCUCCUCACACAGAAUCAACAUUGUGCCCAAAUAUUCAGAUGGAUUUUCCAACAGUCCAUGUUUCCUUUUCCUGAAUGGUGGUUUUUUUCAAAGUGAGGACUUCACGUGCUUGAAGAACAUUGUACUGACCAUCAUCUCUAACAUGGUCACAGUUCCAUGGGGAAAGAUGAUGAUGAUGAAGAAUGAUGGUGACGAUUUGCCGCGUUAAGAUUCAGAAGACAGCUCUUGCCCCCAUAUCAGAAAUGCUGAUGUAUAAUGAGGAAAAAUACCACUUUCACUUGCUUGUUGUAUAUGUGUAUACAAGUGCCUUAUUUCCUGCAGGCUGAUGCCAUGAAAGAAAUUGGUACAGUUUAAAAGAAUACCUAUAUAUGAUGUCAUCUCUUAUAUGCUAAAAAAAACCCACCCCAUUUCCUAAUCUUCAACCUGUCCUUUUGUAAUUUCAGUGACAUUUUUUAAAAAUGACAAUAUCUAUGCAGAUGAAAUAAGA